GUCGCCGUUAUAAAAUAAACCUAACAUGCAUUGCAGAUCUCAAGAGCACGCAAGCGGCGGGACUGUACUCAGCACCGCCGCAUCAUCUGAGCAGCCUGCCCGGCCAGUGCUACCGCGCCCUCUGCAGAAGGCAAUGACUUUUCUUCUUCGUUAAGUAAUUCUGGUGCCUGACGAGUAUGCCUUUGGAUCCGGAUUCUCCCUGGAUAGAGAGCUACAAAGCCGGCUUUUGAAUCAUCUCUGCUCUCUUAUGAACUUGUAUGUGUGUGGGUAUCCCUUCUUUACCAACAUGGCGGCGUCGCGGCUUCACUAGAAUCACGUGACGAGCGUGGACUGUGACGUUUCUUAAAUGGCAGAGAACGAGAAAUUCUCAGCUGGAAAGAAAGUAGCAGAAAUCAGUCACCAAAAAAAAAAAAAAAGGAACGCACACGGAGAGAAAGAAGGGAUUAAACAAAAAUGGGCUUUUUAGAAAUGAGUAAAAGAGAAAACCCAAUUCGAGCCAAUUGAAAGGCAGUUGCUGAAACAGGACUCCGCGAAACGACAGAGAAGAAAUACAGCAAAACAAAACGGCGCUGUUUAAAAUAGGAACUCGUGUGCAUUCAAUACGAGCUCCUUGUUUCUGCGUAUUUGCAAUAAUUUCGAGUUAAGCAGAGAAGUUUGUGAGGAAAAUUGAGUGGGUUUUUUUUGUGUUACGACGUGGGAGGCAUCGGUACUGCACCGCCAGUCGAUAGAAAUGUCCUAAAGACACACACACACAUUCACAUCAAUAAUAUUAGCCGUGUCUGUAUCCCGGUUUGGUGUGUGUGUGCGUGUAUUUAACUUUAAAAAAAAACAUUUAAAGAAUUAUUAUGCGAGUAAAUUCUCGUUUUUGUUUGAUGCCUUUCUGAAUAUGAAAACGUUCGCCUGCUUGAUAUGAUCUCGGUCGGUCAGUUGUGGUACGAGGUGGCAGGGUUAAGACGGUCGCGGGAAUUAGAAUUUCGUUAAUUCGUCGUUACUGGGCCGAACAGGGCCGAAGCGGGCCGAAGCGCAGUUUGGACUGCACUUGACGAAGGAGGCGGGGCCUCGGAUUGGAGACAAGACAGACGGGCGCCCGUGCUUUGCACUUGAAAUUGUAACAAUAAAACAAUUCAAACCUCCAAAAAUAAUAAGUGUUAUAAGCCUAUCACGUGCUUGCUUUGUUGCAAUUUGAGGAGGAACGAGGAGACACAGCACAGUUUAUAUGCAUGCACUGCAUUUAAUGGGUUAGCAGUUUAAAUACAUCUGUUAGCGUGUUUGUCUUUUAUAUACAGUAUUUGCAGAUGUGCAGCACAGUAGAUGCAGUUUGUAAAUAACAGCAUCAAAUAAAUAAUUUAAAAAUACGUUAUUAAUUAUACAAGGACGUAGUCUCGGGGUCUCAAAGUUGAGCUGCGUAAGAGAGCGAAACGCUGCUUUCGAAACGCCAUGGCCGGUACCCGGCGGCUGGCCGUCUCUCAGAGCUGGGACGAGGCGGCGUGUCUGUCUCACUACGGAAUGCAGUCUCUCCAUGAAAUAUUCGAGGUGGUCGGCUCCCAUCUCACCGACAGCGACCUAGACGUGCUGUCCUUCCUGCUGGACGAGGCGUACCCGGCCGCGCACCCGCUCGACCCCGCAGGCUGGGCGGUGGAGCUGGAAGGCCGAACCGGCGGCGCUUGCCCGCGGCUUCAAGCGGCCAUGCAGCGGUACCGGGGACGGCGUGGCAGCUCUACCGGGGAGCGGGGCUUCUGCGCGGCCGGCGUACACAAGCCCAAAGACGGCGUGGAGCUGCUGCUGGAGCUGGAGCGGAGGGGCGUGUGUGACGAGUCCAACUUCAACCACCUUCUGCAGCUGCUGCGCAUUCUUACCCGACACGACCUGAUGCCGUUUGUGACCCAGAAAAAAAGGAGGGCAGUGUCUCCGGAGCGCUGCAGCUACCGCCCCGUGAUCUCGGGCGCGGAGGAGGGGGGCGAGGAGGAGGAGGAGGGGGGCGUGAGGAAGAGCGCGGCAGAGAUGGAAGGGGCAGGCAGGGGGCAGUGGAGAGCAGGGGUGGACCCGAACAGGCAGAGUCCAGCCAGCUCCAAACGCCCUGGGGGCAAGAAGCGCAAGAACAGAAAACUCAACGGCCUCCCCAGGAGGGCAGGAGGAGGGGGGCAGGGGCAACAGCACACCUCGGCUCAGCACAGAGUCACCUGUGACGUGCGUCUGCGCGUGCGCGCGGAGUACUGCGAUCACGAUGCGGCUCUGCGUGGGGGGGUGUCCUCCAGCAAGCUGGGCCGCGCGGAGCGGCAGUUCGAUCUCUUCAGCCAGGCCGACGCGCUGCUCCGCUCGAGGGACCUCGGCGCCAUCGUCUGCGACAUCAAGUUCUCGGACCUGUCCUACCUGGACGCCUUCUGGAAGGACUACCUGAGUGGAGCGCUGCUGGAGGCCCUGAGAGGCGUCUUCAUCACAGACUCGCUGCGCAGGGCCGUGGGCAGGGAGGCUGUGGAGCUGCUAGUCAGCGUGGACGAGGAGGACUACGCGGAGGGCAGGAGGAGGCUGCUGGGGGACCACGGGCAGCCACUGCGCUGACACACACAGAGACGAGGACUUACUCCUCCUCUUUUUCCAUCACAUUUCUUUUUUUAUUGUUUUAUGUAUUUAUUUAUUUUAUGUUGGGGGCGGGGUGAACAGGAAAUGCAAGACUUGUCACUUGUUUACCUUAAAGUCAAAUCUGGGAGGGGGAAUAAAUCCACAAUAUCAGUUUGAUGCUGUACAGGAUCCUGUGCGGAACACCUCUGUCUGCAGUGUGAGUGAUGCUGAACUCCUCUGUCUAUGGAUUUGUAUUUGAGGAAUGAGUGGAAUAAAUACGUUCAUUUGUAAAGAAAUAAAAUAAAGUAAUAAAACUUGUGUUUAUUUUAAGGGACACUUGGCUACACAGCACAUGUGGAAUAUAUGUCUUUUAAGUUGAUAUAUUCUCAUAUAAAUGAGUUGUCACGGCUGGAGAUUUCUGUAAAUCUAAUUAUGAGAUU